AUGGUAGAUAGACUCAGCAUCUUACCGGACCCAAUCCUGUGCCACAUCCUCUCUUUCCUCCCAACAGAUGAAGCAGUUGGCACAAGCGUUCUCUCCAAGCGAUGGAGGCCUCUAUGGCGUUCAGUACCCACUCUCAACUUCGACUAUAUUCUCGAUAGCAAAGAGGCGGAUUUUCGCGUAGUUCAGUCAGUCUAUGCAUUUAUCCUCUCCAGAGAUCAACACCAACCUCUCCACAAAUUCCGCCUCCGAUUAUGGGCAGGUUGUGGUUAUCGCCCUAAGGACCGUACCAAUGUCACUGUUUGGCUUAACUUUGUGGUGCAACGCCCACUCGAACACCUUGAUAUCUGCCUCAUCAGACACCGCAUUCUUCCACUACCACCACCCAUCAUACCCCCUGACAUCUUCUUCACUUGCAGCAAAAAUCUUGUGGUUCUCAAGUUGCAUGGGUUAAGCUUGAAACCUCUUUCCUCUGUUGAUUUUCCCUUGCUUAAAACCAUGCAUCUACAAGAUUUGCUUUUCAUAGAGUAUGAAUGUCUCGCCUUGCUUCUUUCCCAGUGUCCACUUCUUCAGGAUUUCAUAGCAACGAGUGUAUCUUUUAUUUACCAUUUGCCUGAUCGUAGUAAUUAUAAAACCUUACCAGUUCAAUUUUUUCCCAUACGCCAGAUUAAUAAUCAAGUCCUGCAUAGUGAUGAAAGCACAAACCGUUCCACUCUCACCAUGUUUCACAAUUUAACCCAUUUUGAACUCGACAAUACAAUGUGUAAUAAGGACUGGCUUAACAUAGUGGAAGUGCUCAAGUAUUUCCCUAAGCUUCAAGAUCUUGUCAUUGAUCAGGGUAUUUAA